CAAGUAUUUCUCACAGAUCCCAAUUCUCGAGUAUUACACAAAUUUAUUUAGAAAUUUCUUCCUAAAAUGUUCCACAACGUAAUGAGUGCAUCCGGCCGGGCUGUGCUGCCCACCGAGCUGAACUGUUUCAGCGAAUUGGCGCACACCCAUCGUUUGUCGGAUUCGCAAUUAUUUUAUGAGGAUUACAAGUUUCACACGAACAUGCAAAUGAUGCGCAAUCGUGACGGCUUGGGUCCGCCUUUAAAGAGGGGCAUGGAACGGUUCGCUGCCCGGCAAACGGGCCGGCUACCCUUUCUCCGAUCCAGCAACUUGAUGGAGAAUGUGCUCACUGGUCGCUUGGAGGAUAUCUCCUUUGAGGACGUACUGAGCCAGCCCCAGCAUGAUGAGCACUUGCAUCGGCCGCACAUCAUCGUGGAGCGGGCCAUGGGCAUCUCUCUCUAGAAAACUACCUUAAUUCAUUUUCUGUUGCAUUAACGUAAGAAAAAAGAAACCAGCCUGUUGCACCGUAAAAAAAAACCCCAAACAAGAGGCAAUAGACUAGUAGAUACCCUAACCCGCGCCGAUCUAC